AUGGCCUCGCAGCUUGCCGCACAGCUGCAGAAGCUGCAGCAGCGGCCUGUGGGGGAGAAGCGGCUGUCGCAAUCUUUUUUGUUUGACGCCGGCGAGGCCCGCAGCUUCUCGCGGGAGCAGAUCCACCAACUCGCCGUUCACGGCUUGCAGACGCUGGUCGCGCUCGACAAUCGCCUGCACCCCUUCAUUGAGGAGCUGUUCCACCCGUACAAGUCCCGCGUGGAGCGGAAGCUGCUGAGCGCGGAGGAAAACCGGGCCCUGAAUGCGACCCUCGAACAGUUCCUCACGCUGCUCAGCCCGCACCUCUUCCUGACGGCGGCGCACCAGGUUUUCGAGUACCUCGUGCGCGUCCACGAGGUGCACGUGUACAACGUCGAGGCCGUGCUGCGAACCUUCUUGCCGUACCACGACCACAGCCUCUUUGCCCGCGCGGUGAUGCUGCUCGACCUCCGCGACACCGGCUUCGCCUUUUUGGAAAGCAACCAGCAGCACGGCGCCCCGCUCCUGCGGGAGCACCUUGUCGUGGCCUGCGCGGGGAGCCGCAAGGCGCUGCGGAUGGUCUGCCUCACGCUUGCCGCGGCCGUCCGCAUGAAGGUGCACAACGGCGCCGCAAACGCCCUCUUCGCCGGUGUGGCGGUGCAACUGGCGUCCCACCCCGACGCGGAGGCCUUGUGGCGCGUCCUCUUGCCGUUCGUCGUGGAAUUCCUGAGCGGCGCGGUGACAGGCAGCGAAAGGGGCGACGCCCAGCAGGAGUUGCGGCUGCAGGAAGAUGUGCAGGGCGGCAGCGCCGCGGCGCUGCUUCCGAGCCGGGAAGUCGUGUGCAGCGCCCUCGUCGUCCUGGCUGCGUGGAGCAGUGAGGUGCAGCUGUCCGUGCCGACGCUGGCCACCGUGAUGAAGCCGAUUGUGCGCGCCUUGUCACGCGCGGUGGAAGACGUGGCCGCUGCAUCCUCCUCCUCGUCCUCCCCCACCGGCGCCGGCGCCGCCGUGCCCGUGAGCGACCUCUUGGCCGUGCUCGACCUCCUCUUCUACACACAACGGACAGCUGUGGCGCAGGUCACGUUCGCCCCGCAGAUUCAUCUGCUCUUGGCAUUUCCAUGGAAGCAGUGGGCGCCGUGGAUCACCGCCGCCGCCGAGGAGGCUGCCAACGCCGGCGGGGGCAUUUACGACUCGCUCAUUGCUGUUCUACUGCGCCAGUGCCUGCAGCGGCUGCGGGUUGCCCACUCCGUCGAGUCCGUCGCACCGGACGUGCUGCACUUUGUGCAGUGCGCCGUGGAGGACCUCCCACUCACGGAUGCGUUGGUGGCAGAGGUGAUUCAGGCGCUGCUGGCGUGCCAACUGCCGCACUCCGCAGCGGGCAGCUGCCGCGACAAGGACGUGGCGAAUGCGACAGCGGCGGAGGAGGAUGAGAAAGAGGAGGCGACGGCGGAAAACAGCGGUGACGCCGAGGCCAGGGCCAACGCGAGUUCACUAGUCACGGCUUGGAUGCGGGCCUUGGAGCGGCGCUUCUCCUACGCCUUUGACGCCACGUUGUCGCGGCUGCUGAACGACGUCGCCACGCAGGCCGCGACAGCCGCAUUUCUCGCACAGCACCUCAGCGGCACCCGCUACGAGUUGCUGGAUGUGCAGGGGGCCUCCGGCGCGACCGAGCGACUCCCUCUCUUCUCCUGCCUGCUGCAUCCUCUGCCGGAGGUGCGCCUGCUGGCGGCGCGGGCGAUGGCGCACAUGACAGCGCGGCAGCUUCUCGCCUCCUCCUCGGCCCCCGGCGGCGGCGGCGGCAACUCGAUGCUGGAGCUCCUUGAGCACGUCGUGUGCUACGAGCAGUCCCCCACAGUGGCUGAGGAGUUCCUGCACACGGCCGCCGCGGCGAUGGAAAAGCUGCUCGCCUCAUUGGCGAGCCCCGACGCGGGGCUCUCGUCGCUGGAGCACGGCGUCAUCCUCCCACACCUGCGGAGCGUGAUUCGCGCGUUGUGGGCGAUGACCACGCAGCACGACGUUGCCGUACAGAGGAGCUUCUUCGCCGUUGCACUGCAACCCCUGCUACGGUUUCUGGACGCCCGCCCCUCCAACGCGUCGCGGGGGAAGCGGCGGAAGCCCACGCCGCAAGCCGGCCCCGGCCCCGACGCCUUUCAAGGCGCCGUGCGGGGGCUGGCGCUCUACUAUCUCGCGUUGCAGUACGUGGAAUUGGGACACCAGGAGUCGACGGAAGAGAACACGCCGGGGGCCGCGGCUGCAGCGCGGGCGCGGCGCGAGUUGAUAGCGGAGCUGGAGGCGAGGCUGGCGGCUGUCGUGCCGGGGAUGGGCAGAACACCGGCUUUUUUUACUAUCACAGGGGAUGACGGCGCCGCCUCCACCGCCGAGAGGAGCGAGGCGGCAGAGGAUAGUAGCAGCGACGAUGACGAGGGUGAUGCUAACGCAGGGGACGCCAAGAGGGCGGGAAAGCGGACAAAAAAGCCUACACACGCGAGCGGCAAACCCGCUGAAGCAACUGCGGGAGUCGGCAGCGACGACGGAUACCUUUCGGUGUUUGAGUGCCUUCCAUUGCUGGAGUUGCUGCGGGCCGAGGCCGACGCGCGUCUGCAGCCGGUGCUGGCCCAGCUACUGGGCAAGGCAGAGGAAGGGGCGCCCCACCUCUCGCGGGGGUCGAGGGCGGCGAUGGUGGAGUGCUGCUUGGCAUGCGCGUCGCAGUUAGCGGCGUCCGAGGCGGCCGCGGCGGAUGCCGUGACUCGGACGCUGCUGCAGUUUUUCCUUGGCGAGGAGAAGACCGUCACGGGCGCCGGUGCGGGCUCGGACGCCGGCUACUUGGAGAGGCUGCAGGAGGCGCAGCGGGCGGCGCAGCGGCGGGUGAGCGAGCAGGUGGGGCGUGGUGCGAAGAACAGCCUCGGGGCGCCGUACGUGCCGAAGGAUGCGCUGACGGCGGCGAUUGGGGGCAACAGUGCGCCGAAGCGUCGAGGUGCGCCUGCGGAGCGACGGCGGCACGGGUGGCAGCGAGGUGGCGGUGCUUGA